AUGGGUCCUCUUUCGCACCUCGCCCUCCUGCUGGCGGCAGUGUACCCGGCGCUCGCCGCGGCCGACACUCCGUCGUCGUCUCCCAGGAUCACCAGCAUCAGCUGGUCCGGCAACGGGUGCCCCCGGGAUCCCAAAUUCGACGGCGACUUCAACGCCCCAGUCUUCACAUACAACAACUUUGCCGCCUCAUUACCGGGCACCAACCAGACGCUCAACUGCGAGGUCCACAUCCAGACGGCGGGCACAAGUCCCGGGUGGCAGGUCGCUCUCAAGAACAACUGGGUCAAGGGCCACUUGGUUCUGAGCCCCGGCACAACCCUUGACUACUACACGACUGUCUAUUUCAGCCAGUCGGCCUCCAACACGGCCUCCCUGCGCGGCAGAUGGACGAAUGGCGGCGACGGCACCAUCGACCAGGGCGUUACUCUCCGCCAAACCUUCUCGGGCCAGGUUUGGUCGCCAUGCACAGGCGACGGCGGGUCCAUCGGCAUCCUCAACGUCAACUUCCGCGGUGCCCUCAAUGGCGACGGCAAGGCCUAUUUUGAGGCCUUUACAGAGAAGCUGGACUUUGAGUGGAGGCGGUGCUAG